AUAACAAAUAAACUUUGAACCAAUCACAAUUGUUGGGCUCUUUUCCACAGAGUAAGUCAUUACUAUUUUGUCAUUUGUAUGACUGUUUUAGGUUACUUUUGAGGUUAUUCUGUUACAUCGGAAAGUUUUAUCAUUUUGUUAUCCGCUUAAAGUAAAAUAUACUGUUAAAAUGGACACAUUAUCCACGGGUUCUUUGAGUGGAGCGCAGAAAGAAGAGUUGAUGGAUCAAGUGAAACAACAAAUUGCCAUUGCGAACGCGCAAGAACUUCUCACAAAAAUGUCAGAGAAAUGUUUCAAGAAGUGUAUCAAUAAGCCUGGUACAGCAUUAGAUAAUUCUGAACAGAAAUGUAUUGCGAUGUGCAUGGACAGAUAUAUGGACGCAUGGAAUUUGGUGUCACGAACAUAUAGUAGUCGUAUCCAACGUGAAAGAAAUAAUAUGUGAGGACAGCCUUAGUUACAUGAAAAGUAUCUCGAGUCAUUGCAGUACUGUACAUAUAGAACUUUGUAGAUCCAGAGCAUGUAUCAAAUUGUGAGUUGCGGCUGUAUGUUGUUAUGUUCAUGUGUUCAAUAAAAUUAUUUUAGGUUG